GACAAAUAAUGAAGGGAAAAGGUAGAAAAUGAUGCGCAUGACAUAUAAUGGCUAAAAGAUUCCAUUUCCUUUUCCAUGGCAAUGUACUACAAGAUUCCAUUUCAAUUCCUUUUCCAUGGCUUUUGUUUUUCAGUGACUCACGAGGGAACACAAUCACAUGCCAAAGCCUAUGCAACCACCACUCGGAAUAAAGCAACUUACCUAAACAUUUCUUUUGAUGCCCUUCUCUAUAUAGUCAAUACAUCCAAUGACCAUGCUCACCACACAACCGUACAGAUCUUAUCGGAAGUGACACUAUUUUCUUCUCAUACACCAACCUUACCUUAAUUUUACACAUCAAAUUAUAACUUACUUCAAACACCAAAACUAGGCACAUUUCAUGUUUCUCACACCAACCUUACCCAUUGUUAAUUAACAUCAGUUAUUUAAGAAACACACCAAAGCACAAUUUUUGUUAAUUUCAUUUUAGUCACAUCUUCAUUUUGUGGCUUUUAUGUCAUUCAUCAAAUUCAAAUUCAAAGCUACUACAACAUUUGCAUCAUUCAUCAUCACAAGAUGUGUCAACAAUUUCAACCAACACCACUUUAGAUCACAUUGUGUUUGGAAUUGCUUCAAGCAAGAGUUCAUGGACAAAAAGAAAAGAUUAUGUGAAACUAUCGUGGAAAACCAACAAUGCAAUGAAAGGUUGUGUUUUUAUGGAUAGUAUUAGUAAUGAAGAUGACCCUUCUUCUCUUCCUCCUCUUUGUUUAUCUCGAGACACGUCGCGGUUUCGAUACACUUUUAAAGGUGGACUUCGAUCGGCGAUACGCGUGGCUCGAGUCGUUGUUGAGACAGUUGCUUUGAAUCAUUCAAAUGUGAGGUGGUAUGUGUUUGGUGAUGAUGACACAAUUUUCUUGCCAGAGAAUUUGGUUAAGACACUUUCUAAAUAUGAUCAUGAGCUUUGGUACUAUAUUGGUGCACACUCUGAGAUUUAUGAGCAGAAUAGGUUGUUUGGUUUUGGAAUGGCUUUUGGUGGUGCUGGUUUUGCUAUUAGUUCUUCUUUGGCUAAUGUUUUGGCUAAGGUUUUUGAUUCUUGUUUGGAAAGGUAUCAUCAUCUUUAUGGAAGUGAUGGUAGGGUGUACUCUUGUUUGGCUGAACUUGGUGUUGGAUUGACACAUGUACCAGCUUUUCACCGGUAUGUACACAACAAUAGUCAAGCUCGGAUCUCCACCAAGGUAAUAUAUUGUGCUGAUUGAUACAGAAAGCGACCUUCUCUGGGUUAGUUGCAAUCAAUGUGAUAAUUGGUCUCGAUCUAAUGGACUUGGGAUAACUUCUAUGAUGUCACAAUUUAGCCAUCCCUUUGUUUUAGUAGGAAACCCGUGUUAUCUCGUCUGAACCAAUGUAGAUAAGUUUCCUUUAGUCAGUUUUAACUUUGCGGGUGGAACAUCCAUGGAUGUAAAAUCAGCACAAUAUCUUGUGCAGAGUGAUUUCAUGAAUGUUGGGUUGUGCUGCAUAGGUUUCCAGAAAGUAGAAAGUGGACACCAAAUAUUAGGAGGUUAGAUGAUGGACCAAUUUAAACAGACUUUAUAAACUCUGCUAUUAAUUGGAAAAAAAAAUUAUUGUUCUGUCAUUUGAUUAUUAA